AUGGCAUCAUCGAAUGCCCCCGAGACCAUCGUGGUUGAUGGCAAGAGAUAUAGACACGUCCGCGAAGGUCUAGCUUCAGUACUUGCUCCAUAUUCCGGGGAACCUCCAACGUCGACCAAAUCCUCCAAAAACAACGACGAAGGAGAUCAGGCAGUUUUCUACAAUCCUAUUCAGCAAUUCAAUCGAGACCUGAGUGUCCUGGCAAUCAGCGUCUACGGCGAAGCUGCUCUGCUGGAGAAGCUAGGCCGGGUUGUUCACAAGAAUCGAAACGCGAAAAGGAGGAAGGGCGGAAAAGGGUCGAACGCCCCGCCUGCAGCUCAACUCGAAAACAGCGCCAACAAUGAAGCAGAGCAACCGAACACUCGGAAGCGUAAAGCCGACCACCUAGAAGAUGUAGUCGACCAUGAGAGUACGGAAGAGCCGACAAAGAAACUCAAACCUAAUGAACAUGACGAAGACAACGGCGAACCCCUUCUUGCUGAGUUGACUGCUGAUGCUGCUGCUCCGGUCAAUGACACCGUGGGAGAGGGACUGCAACCAGAACCUGUCGCAAAUCCAGGCGCCACCGAUCCUGAGGUAAAGCCACCUGCAAUCCCAAAGAAACAGCUUCCUUUCGCCAUUCUGGACGCUUUGUCUGCAACGGGCCUCCGAGCGUUACGCUAUGCCAAGGAAAUAUCAUUUGCUACCAAUAUUGUCGCAAAUGAUCUCUCCUCGGCAUCGGUCGAAACCAUCAAACUCAACAUCAAGCACAACGACGUCGGAGACAAGGUUCGGCCCAACCUCGGUGAUGCUCGAGCUUUCAUGUAUUCCAAGGUUGGAAACGAGCACCCCAGACCCGCAGAAGGAUAUGUACAUCGUUUCGAUGUGAUUGACAUUGACCCUUAUGGAACAGCGGCUCCUUUCUUUGACUGCAGCCUACAGGCAAUCCAGGAUGGCGGGAUGCUGUGUAUCACCUGCACAGACGCUGGUGUCUUUGCAUCCACAGGGUAUCCCGAAAAGACUUUUGCACUCUAUGGGGGAAUUCCUGUCAAAGGGCCACACUCGCACGAAGGUGGCUUGAGGUUGAUCCUCAAUGGAAUCGCCAUAUCUGCUGCGAAAUACGGCCUUGCGAUCGAGCCUCUUUUGUCGCUUUACAUCGACUACUAUGCCCGACUCUUCAUUCGGAUCCACCGAAAGCAGCAAGAAGUCAAGCUGCUGGCCGGUACAUCCAUGAUAGUGUAUAACUGCGGCCACGGGUGUGGAGCUUGGGUCACACAGCCUUUGCUUCGGAACAAGCCACAAACAUCUAAAUCUGGAGACACAUUCUACAAGUUCUCAUUCGCCCAGGCACCGUCCACCAAUCGGAAUUGUGAACAUUGUGGUUCACCGAUGCACCUCUGUGGUCCGAUGUGGUCAGGUCCCCUACACAAUCCGCAAUUUGUUGAGAAAAUGCUCAAGAAGGCUCGAACUCUGGAUAAGGACACAUAUGUCACUGUCGAUCGAAUCGAGGGGAUGCUUACUUUGGCCUUGGAGGAGGAUCUCACGCCUACCAACUCAAACCCAGGCGGUACAGAGGACACCGUAGCGGAGGACGGAGCUACGCACGACUCGAAGCUAAUCCCGCGACUUGCGACUGACAAACCAGACGUUGCUCCUUUUUUCAUCAUGCCUACUUAUUUGGCAAAGAUAAUCCAUUGCGCCACACCUUCUGAAGACGCAAUGAGAGGUGCCCUGCUUGGUCUGGGCUACAAAGUCUCCAGGUCUCACUGCAAGCCUGGCAGUAUCAAAACGAACGCCCCAUGGUCCGUGCUGUGGGAAGUAAUACGAGAAUUCAUGCGGACAAAAGCGCCUAUCAAGGAUGGAGCCGUGAGGAAGGGCACUGCAGGGUAUCAGAUUCUGUCGAGGGUCCGAGGGACGGAGCGGGCUCUUGUGUCAGAGUUGAGGGACACGACGCGGGAACAGCUUGGGAGAUGUGAGACCAAGGACGACCUGAAAACUGUGCUACAAGGGAUACUGUAUCGAUUAGAGAACGAAAAAUCGCCUCUCCCCGCAGAGACGGGUGAAUCGUCUGAGCCGAAGAAUGGUGGCGGAGAGGCAGCGCCUCAAUCUGAGGAGCCUCCCAACGGUCAUCGGUCAAGAUCCACGAGUCCUUCGGUUCCACCACCGAACAGGCUCAAAAUCACAUUUGACGAGAAGUUGGGUAAAGAGAAGCCUCGUGGCAAGUUAUUGAGGUACCAGAUGAAUCCGAGGGAGAACUGGGGUCCGAUGAGCCGGGCUGGGAGGACUUCAUGA